AUGCAGGCGCUGGCCCGGCGCCAGCGACAUCGGCGCGGGUUGCAUCAGACGAGGCGCUCCGCCGCGGCCGCGGAGCCGGCUCGGUGUUGGCCGGGCGGCCGCAAGAUGCUGCGGACAGCACCCCGGCUGCUGCGGACCAUCUGCACCACGGCUGCGGCUUAUCAACAUAAGCUAAAGCUAGCCCUUAUAGGUCAAAGUAUUUUUGGACAAGAAGUUUAUAACAAGCUGAGAAAAGAGGGGCACAAAGUUGUGGGUGUAUUCACCGUGCCUGACAAGAAUGGACAAGCUGAUCCUUUGGCACUGGCAGCGGAGAAGGACGGCACUCCUGUUUUUAAGUUCCCCAGGUGGAGAGCUAAAGGCAAGCCUAUCCAGGAAGUAGUUGCAGCCUACAAAUCAGUUGGAGCAGAGUUAAAUGUCCUUCCAUUCUGUACACAGUUUAUCCCCAUGGAUGUUAUUGACUGUCCAAAACAUGGCUCUAUUAUUUACCAUCCAUCCAUCCUACCACGCCACCGAGGAGCUUCUGCAAUCAACUGGACUUUAAUUCAAGGAGAUAAGAAAGCAGGAUUUACUAUUUUUUGGGCUGAUGAUGGCUUGGACACUGGACCAAUACUUCUGCAGCGAGAAUGCGAUGUUGGCCAAAAUGAUACCGUGGAUGACCUAUAUAACCGGUUUCUCUUCCCAGAAGGAAUAAAGGCCAUGGUGGAAGCUGUACAUCUAAUUGCUGAUGGUAAGGCCCCUCGUAUACCUCAGCCUAAAGAAGGGGCAACAUAUGAAGGGAUCCAGAAGAAGGAAAAUGCAGAGAUCUCCUGGGACCAACCUGCAGCAGCUUUGCACAAUUGGAUUCGAGGGCAUGAUAAAGUGCCUGGAGCAUGGACAACAAUAAAUGGACAGGUGGUUACUUUUUAUGGGUCAUCAUUACUCGAUGCUUCAGUGCCUGCUGGACAAGAGCUGGCAAUAAAAGGUGCUUCAAGACCAGGACUUGUGACAAAGAAUGGUCUAGUCGUUUUUGGAAAUGAUGGGAAGAUGGUACUAGUAAGAAAUCUGCAGUUUGAGGAUGGAAAAAUGAUCCCUGCAUCUAAAUACUUCUCUGCUGAUGAAACAACUGCCCUGGAACUUACAGAAGAGGAGAAAAAGAUUGCAGAAGAUAUCAGAGCUAUUUGGAAGGGAAUUUUAAGCAAUGUUGCUGUGAUUGAGGAUUCCACAGACUUCUUCAAAUCUGGAGCAUCCUCUAUGCAUGUUGUCAGGAUGCUAGAAGAGAUCAAACAGAAGCAUCGUGGACUGCAGCUACAGAAUGAAGACGUGUAUAUGGCCACUAAGUUUGCAGACUUUAUUCAGAUGGCUGUCAGAAAACUCAGAGGAGAAGACAAAGAAGAAGAGUUAGUAAUUGAUUAUGUUUCAAAAAAUAUGAACAACAUGACUGUGAAUAUGCCAUACCAAUGUUUCAUAAAUGGGAAAUUUAUAGAUGCUGAUGAUGGAAAAACAUAUGACACUAUAAAUCCAGCAGAUGGAUCAGUAAUAGCCAGUGUAUCUUCUGCCUCACUGGCUGAUGUUGACAAGGCAGUGGCAGCAGCAAAGGAGGCAUUUGAAAAUGGUGAAUGGGGGAGGAUGAAUGCAAGGGAAAGAGGGCGAGUCAUGUACAGACUUGCAGACCUGAUGGAAGAACAUCAAGAAGAGUUAGCAACAAUAGAAUCUAUUGACUCAGGAGCUGUCUACACUUUAGCUCUGAAGACUCAUAUUGGAAUGUCUGUGCAAACAUUCAGAUACUUUGCUGGAUGGUGUGACAAAAUUCAGGGUGCUACAAUUCCAAUUAAUCAGGCCCGGCCAAACCAUAACCUAACAUUCACCAAGAAAGAGCCAAUUGGUGUCUGUGCAAUUAUUAUCCCCUGGAAUUAUCCACUGAUGAUGCUUGCAUGGAAGAGCGCAGCGUGCUUGGCUGCAGGCAACACCCUCGUACUCAAACCAGCUCAGGUCACACCUCUGACUUCCUUGAAGUUUGCAGAACUCUCAGCUAAAGCUGGAUUUCCUAAGGGCGUUAUAAAUAUUCUGCCUGGCUCAGGUGGCUUAGUGGGACAGCACCUCUCUGAACAUCCAGAUGUUCGCAAAGUUGGAUUCACUGGUUCAACACCAACUGGUAAACAGAUCAUGAAGAGUGCAGCUGCUAACCUGAAGAAAGUUUCUCUAGAACUUGGUGGCAAAUCACCAUUGAUCAUAUUUAGUGACUGUGAACUUGACAGAGCCGUAAAAAUGGGUAUGGGAGCAGUGUAUUUCAACAAAGGAGAAAACUGCAUUGCAGCUGGCAGGCUGUUUGUGGAAGAAUCAAUUCAUGAUGAGUUUGUUAGAAAAGUGGUUGAAGAAAUAAAAAAGAUGAAAAUUGGUGACCCACUUGACAGAUCUACAGAUCACGGUCCGCAAAAUCACAAGGCACAUUUGGAAAAGCUGCUGCAAUACUGUGAAACUGGAGUAAAAGAAGGAGCCACUCUAGUGUAUGGAGGAAGACAAGUACGUAGACCAGGUUUCUUCAUGGAACCCACUGUAUUCACAGAUGUUGAAGACCAUAUGUAUAUUGCCCAGGAAGAAUCUUUUGGUCCUGUCAUGGUCAUCUCUAAAUUUAAAAAUGGGGAUGUCGAUGGAGUAUUGCAACGGGCAAAUGCCACAGAAUAUGGCUUAGCUUCAGGAGUUUUCACAAAAGACAUAAACAAAGCUCUCUACAUCAGUGAAAAGAUAGAAGCUGGGACAGUUUUUAUUAACACUUACAACAAAACUGAUGUGGCAGCGCCAUUUGGUGGAUUUAAGCUGUCUGGCUUUGGGAAAGAUUUAGGUGAAGAAGCUCUUCACGAAUAUCUCAGAACCAAAACCAUCACUGUGGAAUAUUAAAGUAACAGCUUCACUUGGGAAGCAGACUUUCAGCAGAGUUUGAAUCUUGAUGACUACGCAAAGCACUUGAUAUCACACCUAGGAUAUGCUGACUGCAGUGCUACAACCAAAAAAAAAAAAAACAAAAAAAAAAAAAAAAAAAACAAAAAAAACCCAACAAAGUAAAAUACUCAUUUCUAUAAAUUAGGCCCAGAUUUUAGUCUGACAGACAAUGGCUUUUGGAAAUCACCCUGAAGUUAUUUAAAUUAUGUAGCAGCAACAGUUGGUAGCACAAUUUCCCCCAUCCUCCCCCCCACCAAAACCCCCCAAAAAUAUGGUUCAGUUUCUUUUUUUUAAAUAGAACUGAAGAAUAAGUUCUCACACACCUACUUCACAUUUCUGUGGCAUAAUGUUUACAUGAUCAUUUUAAAUCCUUAGUCAUUAGGCUUCCAAAGUUUAACUAAAAUAUACUGAUUAUGCCAUUUUUGCUAUAAACCAGUUCAGGUUUUAUGGUAGCAAUUAAACACUCUGCUCUGGUGACUUUUCAGCAGUACAGAAAACCUUUGUGCCAUAAGAAGUAAAUCAAUGCAAGGAAGUGCACUUACUAUGAUCUUUGUAUAGUACAUACAGAGUUCAAAAUUGGUGUUAAACUAUGCAUAUCAAGCUAAAGUUACUGAAAAUAUUUUCUACUUUUUUGUUGAUAUGGAAUGUGUGAUCUGCCUGCAAUUUGAAAGGUGGUUACAUUAAUGGAUUAAAAUCACAUUUUGUGUCUGUGCACAUGGACUGUAAUCACUGUUUCAUACUGUAUGAUUAUUACUAUGUAUUUCACACUUUUGUGUUCUUUUUAAUCUCUGGGAAAAUCCCUUGUUAAAUGACCAAGGUCCAAUGUUGGCUUUCAAACUUUUUUCAGUUUGGAAGAAAUUUUCUAUAGAUUGAGACUUUAUUUAACUAAGCCUGUUAAGACUCCUUGCUCUCAAAAUGCAAAAACACCCAAAGCUUCAUUUAUCUGUGGGCUGCUAUUAAAGGUAGCAGUCUGAUUCUUUGAUCCUCAUCCUUCCCCUUCACUAAAAUAUUCCAUGGUUUAAUCAGUAAAUCAUGUCUCCAUCUUAUAUUUAAGCCACAUUGUAAAAGAAAGACUAGAAUCCUUGUUAUUUCUUACCACAAAUACUACAGAAACAGGUAUUAAAACUAGAACUUUAGGUACAGGUUUCAAAAUAAAGUCUAGAAAUAACUGCAGGUUUCAAGCCAUGACAUUAAGUUUAAUAUUUGAGCAAAUACAGUAUAGAAAAUUUUACUUUAAUGGUGUAGAAAAUACAAAGUUCCUUUAAGAAACAAUGACAUCCAAGAGCAUGACAGAUACUUCUGAAAUGCAAACUGAUCUAUGAAGUAAAUGGAAUAGCCCAAACCAUUGUACUUGAUUGAUCUGAGGUAAGUAUAAAUGGGACACACUUUCACUGAUUCUGGUUUCACAACUGUGUCAAGCCAACUUAAGUACAGGCCAGCUGAAAAGUCACCUUUUCAUCCUUCUGUCAGUGACAGUUAACAAAAUGGAAAUUGGAAACGUGGCAGGGAACCUGGGGGAUGAAAAGUGUAGCUUAAAGCCCCAGAGGCAGCCUUGAUCCUUUGCGUAUGGAGGGUGUUUGCACCACAGCCACAAAGGUUUCCCACAGGGGCCUGUAAGCUCCCCAUGCUGCUGUGGAGCCCAGUGCAGGCACACAGGGUAAGUACUGUAACCCUUUGCUGACCUCUGCUCAUGGCUGUCCUUACCCAGGCUGGCUCAGCUAGAAGUGAGCUCAGCCACAUCUCUGGUGUCCAGCAUGAAUGCAAUGUAGACAUACCUCUGGGGUACUGAAAGAUCAUGUUUAAUAGUGAAGAGAGCGUACAUAACACUUCACAGGACAUGAAAUAUGAAAACAAAGCUUUUUUCCUAGUUAACACUUUCUUGCCCUUGAAGGAAAAACUUCUACCUUCCUAUAAAAAAGUCUUCAACAAAGCAACAGAACAAGAAUGUUUAACUUUCAAAUGCCCCUUACUCUAGCUGUUUUCUUGGUGUAAACUACUCUGAAGUCCACUUUCCUGUUAUUUGAUUAAUCAAAUCAAACUUAAUUCUUCAGAAAUCCAGCCUUCCCCAGCCAUGAGUGGAUCCGGAAUUCUCCACCAUGUAAACUAAGUGGUUUUAAGGGACAACUCUUCAAAGUGAGAAAACAUUAUUUGGUUGGUUUGGGGUUUUUUAAAGUAAAAUAAAAUGGAUUUACUCAUUUGC